UAAUACAAAGCGUACGAGUCUGGGUCGCGACCGGAAGUGAUCUAAUUCCCGUUCCAAGAGGCCCGAAAGACUCGGGGAAUUUCUAUGGAAGAGAUGUCAGGAGAAAGUGUGGUGAGCUUGGCUGUGCCGGCAGCUACAACACGGACCACCUCCUUCAAGGGGUCCAGUCCCAGUUCCAAAUAUGUGAAGCUGAAUGUCGGGGGAGCGCUGUACUACACCACCAUGCAGACCCUGACCAAGCAGGACACCAUGCUGAAGGCCAUGUUCAGUGGCCGUAUGGAGGUCCUAACUGAUAGUGACGGCUGGAUUCUGAUUGACAGGUGCGGGAAGCACUUUGGGACCAUCCUGAACUACCUGAGAGACGGAGUCGUCCCGUUACCUGAGAGCCGGAGGGAGACGGAGGAGUUACUGGCAGAGGCAAAGUAUUACCUGGUGCAGGGCCUGGUGGAUGAGUGUCAGGCAGCAUUACAGAACAAAGAUGCGUAUGAACCAUUCUGUAAAGUUCCACUGGUGACAUCAUCUAAGGAGGAACAGAGGCUCAUUGCCACUGCAAAUAAGCCUACAGUCAAACUGCUGUACAACAGGAGCAACAAUAAAUAUUCAUAUACAAGCAACUCUGAUGACAACAUGUUGAAGAACAUUGAGCUGUUUGACAAGCUGUCUCUGAGGUUCAAUGGCCGAGUGCUUUUCAUCAAGGAUGUGAUUGGGGAUGAGAUUUGUUGCUGGUCCUUUUACGGCCAGGGCAGGAAGAUUGCAGAGGUGUGCUGCACAUCAAUAGUCUACGCCACUGAGAAGAAGCAGACAAAGGUUGAGUUCCCAGAGGCUCGCAUCUACGAAGAGACCCUCAACAUCUUGCUCUAUGAGUCUCAAGAUGGCCGCGGACCUGACAAUGCACUGCUGGAGGCCACAGGGGGCGCCGCAGGGCGUUCCCACCACAUCGACGAGGACGAAGAGAGGGAGCGCAUUGAAAGAGUGCGGAGGAUCCACAUCAAGCGCCCUGAUGACCGCACUCACCACCACCAGUGACCCUGCAGUUUCUCCUCUUUUCAGUGCCUUAACAACUACCAGCGCUUCGGUUACACCCGUUUGCACACGGACACGUCAGUUAAGUUUAUCCCGAGUCUGCUUCCUUAGAGAGACAAAGGGAUGCUCACAGAAUCGCUAGUAUUGAUAAUGUUACAUGAAUGUAGCAUAUAGGGCAGUGCAGCAUUGACCUCAUGUGCAUUUUUGAGGACCUCUCUAAAAAGAUACUAUGAUGGUGUAAAUGUGAACAGAAAUGCACAACAGAUGGUUAGUUUUAUUGCAUUCAUGAACAUGUUGCCCUUUUUGCUAUUCAUAAAGCAAAUUCCAAUGAAUAUAUCAAGUCGAUCAGCUAAUCUGUCAUUUACUUGUAGGUUUGCAGCAAAUGGAUAUUUUCCUAAUUUAGUUGUCUGCCGUAGUAUUUUUGUAUUUUACAUUAUUUACCAUAUUUUUUUCUGUUCGAGUGAAGACUGUAGGGUUCCUGGUGCCUUAUAGAUUAAUCCUGUUCUUUUUUUGUUCGUUUUUUGUUGUGUGAUAGACGUUGGAUUUUUGUGGCUUUUGAGUUUAGUCUAUCCCUCUUUUCUUGUCGCUUUGAACUGAAGUGUUAGAGCCAGGAUUUCACAGUGCUGACAGUGUGUCUUACUGAGAUUCAGGAAGUUUAACCCAUCUUGAAUGUCAGUGUGAUUUGACAGUCAAGUGAUCAGUGAAUCCAGUGCAGGAGGAUAUUAUUAUUGCCUUAUGAGAGGAAUUCAAUCCAUAACUCCCAUAUUUUUAUACUGGUUAGGGAAGAGUGUCAUACAAAUUCUUAAUCUGUCAAUGUUCAUUUUAUUAUGCUUGCGCAAAAAUAUCCAUGCACGCCGUCAAUUGAGAAUUGUAUGUGCUGGAUUUUUUUGACAGGUCUGUAUGAGUUUGGCCUAUAGAGGGCAGUGUAGUGUUACGGUGUUUUCACUCUUGUUCAUGAGAAGGAGGCACUUUUAAAGCAGUAGUUGUCAAAUUUUCUAUCCCCUUUUAGCUACAAUCAGUAAAAUAGAUUAUGCUAUUAAAUAACUUUCUGCUGAACUGUAUUGAAUUCCAUCAAGUUAAUUACGCUUCUGGGUUUUGAAAGUGAUCUCAUUCAAGCUAAGAAACUGAGAUGUAGUCAGAAGCGUUCGGAUGUAUAUCUGUAAUUGAGAAAUGGACACCAAUUAUGAGUGUGUAAUCAGAGACCGGAUCACGUCAAAGAAGCUCCAGGAAGUAUGAGAGUACAGGCUCUCCUCUGCUGCAGCGUCACAGAUGGUUUGUGAUUUUUAGUUUUAUUAAAGGUGUAUUUAAACAAAAUAGUAAUGCUGUAAUACUGUAGAGAGGUCUGUACAGACGUGCACAUGAAUAAAAAUGUUUUACAUACAAAUUAUUUAUACACACGUUAGCACGAAUAAAGAUUUCUACAAAUUUUGUAGAUCAAACUG